CGAAUCCCAAAGACUUUGUCCCUGAUACAAAAAACAAGAUUUACCUGUUCUACAUCCGCAUGGACCGCCCUAACGACUAUACGACGUGGAUAAACGUUGCGCGAUGUUUUAGAAUCUGGGAUCUAGACGCUCGCGGAUUUCAUAAAAGUUUGUGGAGAAUGUGGGUCAAGGGUAAUCAUGUGUUAUAUAUUGGAUGCCCGGCGUCACCUUACUGUACUCACAAACCAAAUGACUUGGAACCUAUUUAUAUGCCGAAUAGAGAAACAAGACCAGCGGACGAGAACUUCUUCGCCAGAUGAUGUUUUUCAAGAUUGACAUGCAAGGUUUUAUAAUCAUAAAUUGACUUAGCUUUGAAUCCGACCAACAGCUCUUCGGAUAAGGAAUUUACAAAAAAAAUAAUGGAUUAUUUCUAAUUGUUUUAAAAAUUAAAGAAGAUUCUUUUCAGUGGUAAAAGGAUUUUGUAUACAAGACUCGAAGAUUACAAGGAUGAAGGGUUUACCUUCUGAAAAACUGUAGUGUUGUGUCCGCGGGGGAAUCAAAUGCAAAAAUUGAUUUAUGAACUGAGUAUAGUUUAUAAAGAAGAUUGGCCACCGUAAGGGGAUUAAAGAGCUAACGCUUCAAGCGCUAGUCCUUGUUCAGAGCAAAGGGCUAUGGCGUUCGUAGAGCUCGUAGAGCUGUAUCGUUUUUUUCGAACUGAGACUAGUCUAAGAACUUUUAAGAAAAACUGCGAGAUGAUCUGAUAUGCUCUCAGUCACGUUUCUUAGACAGUCAUGUAUUCGCUAUUUAUGUGCCUUAGGGUAAUUCAUCUGAAAGUCUAU